AUGUUUGUAGGAGCCGAGAAGUUCUAUGAGCUUCUGCAAUCUCGUAAAAUUCGACUGGCUGGAGAUCUUCCUCAGCUGCAAGAAAGCUUGUUGGGUUGGUUAGUCGCCGGGCCAGUGUACAACACACAAAACGUAGUCAGCGUUCAGGCGACUUACACGCGAGGUAACGAUGGCAGGUACAUCGUGCAGCUACCGUUCCGUGAAGAUGCAGGUCAACUAGGCGACUCCCGUGCCCAAGCAGAACAGCGGUUCAAGGCACUGGAGAAGAGAUUGGACAAAAGCCCAGAAUUGAAGCAGAUGUACUCGCGUUUCAUACACGAGUAUCUUGAGUUAGGUCACGCGACGGUGCUAAAGGAAGGCGAGAAGGAUGCUAAAGACGCGUACUACCUUCCUCACCAUUGUGUGCUGAAACCCGAAAGUUCGUCAACAAAACUGAGGGUAGUGUUUGAUGCAUCGGCCAAGACUACGACUAAUCUUUCGCUUAAUGAUGUGUUGAUGGAAGCACCGAUCGUCCAGAGCGCCUUGUUUGAUAUCGUAUUGAGGUGGAGAUUGCCGAGAUACGUUUUCUCCGGGGAUGUAAGGCAAAUGUACAGACAGGUGUUAGUACAUCCUGAGCAUACCAAAUAUUCGAGAUGCCUUUUCCGAGACGACAAAACACAACAAAUCCAGGAUUUGGAGCUGAGGCGAGUAACCUAUGGUGUCGGACCGGCAGGAUUCUUGGCAACGCGAUCGCUGAUUCAACUGGCUAAGGAUGAGGAGCAGAACUUUCCGGAUGUGAGCGAAGUCGUUCUGAAGUCUUUCUACGUGGAUGAUGCACUCACCGGUGCAGACACUCUUGAAAAGGCGCUGAAGCUGAGGAUGGACAUGCAGGAGUUGCUUCGCCGCGGAGGUUUCAAGCUGCACAAAUGGUGCGCCAACGAUCCAGGGAUUCUUGAAGGAGUACCGUUGGAAGAUCGAGAAAAGCAGUUGAACUUCGUAGACAGUGAAGUGAAUGGUGUGAUUAAGACACUAGGCCUACUGUGGGACCCCGCGAGUGAUUGCUUCGUAUUUCGAGUGAAACCGACCGUGGCUUGCUCGGAACCACCGACAAAGCGACAAGUACUUUCUGAAAUUGCUAGACUCUUUGACCCUCUCGGUGUGCUGGGUCCGGUGAUUGUAUUGGCGAAAAUAAUAAUGCAACGACUGUGGCGAAAGAAGAUAGAUUGGGAUGAGACCAUUCCCAGUGAAGAACUUGAAAUGUGGAGCAAGCUACGGUCCGAGUUGUGUGAACUGAACAAUAUGAGAGUUCCUCGUCGCGUUACCGUUGACAAUCCGUCAGUAUUUGAAUUGCACGGUUUUUCGGACGCGUCGCGCGCAGCAUACGGGUGCUGUGUGUACUUGCGUAGUGUUACCAUCGAGGGCAUCGUGGAAGUGAAGUUGCUGUGCGGCAAGUCCAGAGUAACGCCACUCAAGGAGCUGAAUCGAGAAGAGAAAGAAGGAUCGCCCGAAGAAGACCUGACAAUACCGAGAUUGGAGCUAUGUGCAGCCGUCUUGCUCGCUAAUCAGAUCAAAACAGUGCGCGAAACCUUGGGAAUCGACCUUUCACGUGUCGUCCUGAGGUCCGACCUUGGGUCCGACUCGAAAAUAGUGAUAUGCUGGAUCAAACGACCGAAGCCCAAUCUACCAGUGUUUGUGCGUAACCGUAUCGCCGAGAUUCGUAAAAUAACGGAUGAUACGGAGUGGUUCCACGUUGGGACAACGAAAAAUCCAGCAGACUUGGUAUCGCGUGGGGUGCUGCCCACUGAACUUUUGAAAAGUGACUUAUGGUGGAACGGACCGGACUUUCUCCGGUCAAAUGUUGACGAGUCGACUGAUGAAAUCGUAGACAUGAAUGAACCUCCGGUUGCCUUUGAGGCCAUGACAGUUGUAACUGCGUCAUAUGAUAGUCUGUAUACAGCGAUACAAAACAGUAGCAACUUCCGAAGAUUGCAAAGAGUGUUCGGUUACGUUACUCGAUUCGUGCGUAACUGUCGUGCGAAGAAAAAUAAAGAAGAACCUCGUCGAGGAAAUUUGACAGUUGCUGAUCAUCGUGACUCACUGUAUGCCAUGGUGAGGAUCGUACAACAUGCAGUAUAUCGUGAAGAGAUUUCCUGUAUUUUGAAGGGAGAGAACGUAAGGGGUAAGUUGCGAAAUCUGCACCCUAUCUUUGACGAGAAGGAGAAACUACUUCGAGUAGGAGGUCGGAUCAGGAAUUCUGUACUUCCACAUGACCAGAAGCAUCCACUAAUUUUGCCUGAGAAGAACAGGUUCACGGAUUCGGUCAUCGAGGCAAUUCAUCGAGAAGAGCUGCAUGUGGGCCAGAACGGAUUGUUAGCGCGGGUCAGACAGCAGUUUUGGCCAGUCAAUGCAAAACGAACCAUCAAGCGUAUCGUGUGGAGAUGCGUUAAAUGUUUCAAGCUCAAACCGAGAGACGUCCAGCAGUUCAUGGGUGAUUUACCCGUAGCUCGUGUAACUGCUGCUCAACCAUUCGUCAGAACUGGAGUUGAUUAUGCAGGUCCCUUCCAUCUGAAGCAAGGUCGUCUAAGGGCACCUGUGAAAGCAUAUGUUUGUGUAUUCGUCUGCAUGACUACGAAGGCGAUCCAUUUCGAGCUGGUGAGCUCCCUGUCGGCUGAAGGAUUUUUGGGGGCCUUACAUCGCUUUACUGGACGUCGUGGGAAUGUUAGCGAAAUGUUCUCCGAUAACGGGACCAAUUUCAUUGGCGGCGAACGACAACUGACGGAACUGAGGGAUCUAUUGAAGUCUCAGCUACUGGAGAACAAGAUUGAAGAGUUUUGCCAACCUCGUGGGAUCUCGUGGAAAUUCAUUCCACCAAAGGCGCCUCACCAGGGAGGGCUCUGGGAGGCCGGCGUGAAAAGUAUGAAGACCCACCUGCGUAAGACUAUGAACGAAUCAUAUCUCACUUAUGAAGAAAUGACAACAUUGUUAAUUCAAAUUGAGGCCAUUCUGAAUUCCAGGCCAUUAUUUGAACAGAGCAAUGACCCUACAGAUUAUGAGGCAUUGAGUCCGGCCCAUUUUCUGAUCGGUCGUGAAAUGACAGCCAUUGCUGAACCGCUGUACGAUGGGCUUAAGGAAAACGCAUUGUCUCGCUAUCAGUUGGUUCAAAAACGAAAACAAUCAUUUUGGAAGAGGUGGUCGUCCGAGUAUAUUACUGGAUUGCAAGGGCGCGGUAAAUGGUACAAGACUCCAACGUUGCUGCGCGAAGGAUUGCUAGUGAUUUUGAAGGAAGAUGGCUUGCCGCCGCAAACAUGGCACCUAGGAAGGAUCAUCAAGGUUCAUCCUGGAGAUGACGGCGUCGUACGCGUGGUCACCGUUAGAACAAGCAGCGGCACAUAUAAACGAGCUACUACGAAAAUUGCAGUGUUGCCUGUAGACGAAGGAGAGCAGGAUCCAGCAAUGAAGGGUUGA